AUGCCAAACAUAAAGGUAUUUUCUGGGAGCUCAAAUCCAGACUUGGCUCAAAAGAUAGCAGACCGUAUUGGAUGUCGAUUGGGCAAAGUCACUUCUAAAAAGUUUAGUAACCAGGAGACAUGUGUUGAAGUCGAGGAGUCAGUUCGCGGAGAAGACGUUUAUAUAAUACAGACUGGUGGUGGGGAAGUGAAUGACAAUCUCAUGGAACUACUCAUAAUGAUUAGUGCUUGUAAGAUCGCUUCAAGUUCAAGAGUAUCUGCAGUCAUCCCUUGUUUUCCGUACGCGAGACAAGACAAGAAAGAUAAAUCACGCGCUCCUAUCUCUGCAAAACUAGUAGCCAAUAUGCUAUCAGUUGCUGGAGCUGAUCACAUUAUAACAAUGGAUUUACAUGCCAGUCAAAUUCAAGGAUUUUUUGAUAUUCCUGUUGAUAAUUUGUAUGCUGAGCCUGCGGUUAUUAAAUGGGUCAAAACAAAUAUACCAGAAUGGAAGGAUUGUUGCAUUGUUAGUCCAGAUGCUGGUGGCGCUAAAAGAGUAACUUCAAUUGCAGAUCAGUUAAAUGUUGAUUUCGCCUUGAUUCACAAAGAACGAAAGCGUGCAAAUGAAGUGGAUCGCAUGGUUCUCGUUGGAGAUGUAAAUAAUCGUGUCGCUAUUCUGGUAGAUGAUAUGGCUGAUACAUGUGGAACAAUAUGCACUGCAGCAGACAAAUUGAUUGAAGCUGGUGCUGAGCGUGUUUAUGCUAUCUGCACUCACGGAAUAUUUUCAGGUCCAGCUCUGGAACGAAUUAAUAAGUCUGCUUUUGAAGCUGUCGUUGUCACAAAUACUUUACCACAAGAAGAAAAUAUGCGGAAAGCGCCUAAAAUUCAGUGUAUUGAUGUCAGCACCAUGUUGGCUGAAGCUAUUCGUCGAACGCAUAAUGGUGAAUCGGUCUCCUAUCUAUUUAAUCAUGUACCUUUGUUUCUCAAAUUUUUGUUUUGUAAACAUCGUUUCGAGGAGUGUUCAUUCUAUUUGAUUAUCAUGAUUGACGAAGAAUCAAUUGAAAUUAUUGCUUCAAAAAUUCAUCUUCUGCAAAGAUCACAUUUUAUCAAUCUGCCAUUGUUACCUUUAUUACUGCUAUCUGAUCGAAAUUCACCAUCAUCAUCAAAUGAAAACAACUUAUCAGUCUGUAAAAACUCUGCCAACCCACAUACUACUUUUACUAUGAAGAAUUGUAAUGAUAGUGUGAAUAAAAAUAAAUCUGCACAAAAAAAUCACUAUCAUGCGAAUGAUUGGUCUAAAUUAAAUAAUAUUGGCUUGUUAAAACAUAAUUCUGACACGAAGGAACAUAGUUCUUUUCAACGUUUACUCAUGACUUAUUGGUGUCCUAAAUCAAUAAAUGGUGCUCAAUUGUUACUUGACGAAUUGAAAUAUUCACAUUGUUUUUCUACUGGAAAUGACAACUUGGACAGUCUGCUCAAUGGAGGUUUGAGAACCAGUGAAAUUACAGAAAUAAUCGGAAAAUCUUGCACUGGGAAAACUCAAUUUUGCCUUUCUUUAUGUGCUUCUGUACUUCAAAAGCAUAAAACAGUAUCCAUUGUCUAUUUGGAUACAAAAGGUGAUUUCAUUGCGGAUAGAUUACAAGAAUAUCUUAACAAACGAAAUCUUGAUAAACUGGCGAAAACAGCACCAAACAAUGAUUAUGGGACAUUUAAUGUUGAAAACCAUGUGACUUUGGAGAAAGAGCACAGAAAAGCUCAUCGAUUUAUUGAAAAGCUUAGCAAAGCAAUUCAUUUGAAAACGAAAUCGCCAAACAGUAAUCAUAAUCAUACUAUGUUGCAGUAACAAUGCAUUCACCUACACUGUCUCAGUAAAUCAAUGCUCAUCUUCAUUGUCACGUGACUUCACUGAAAUCAAUCCAUAUAUAUCCUUUCUCUCCUUCUGUUUAUUCAAAUAUUGUUGUUAUUAUUAUUAUUAUUUGUGUGACCUUGUGAACAUUGAAUGCAUUCAGUGAUCCGCUUGUCUAUCGUUGACUUACUACUUCGUCCUAUUAAUAUUUCAAGUUAAUUUUCUAUGAUAAAGUUUUUGUUUAAAUUGUAAAGUAGAAUUAUUUUUGUUUCCUUUUUUUUUU